GCUAAAAAUACCUGCUGACUGCACCACCGAGCUCAACCACAACGCGUACCUCUUCCUCCAGAGUGUCUUUGACAAGCACGACAAAGACAGAGACUGUGCCUUGUCUCCAGAGGAAGUAAAGGACCUGUUCAAAGUGUUUCCCUACAUGCCCUGGGGUCCCGACGUCAACAACACAGUGUGUACCAACGACCAGGGCUGGAUCACCUACCAGGGUUACCUGUCACAGUGGACGUUAACGACAUACCUGGAUGUGCAGCGCUGCUUGGAGUACCUGGGCUACCUUGGCUACUCAAUCAUCUGUGAGCAGGAGUCCCAGGCAGGCCAUCACAGUGUUGACCCGAACAAGCGCAUCGACCUGCAGAAGAAGCAGACGCAGCGCAGCGUGUUCCGCUGCAACAUUCUGGGAGCCAGGGGGAGUGGCAAGACCAGCUUCCUGCAGGCCUUCCUGGGUCGCAAUUAACAGAAACAGCGGAAGAUCAAAGAAGACCAUAAAUCGUUUUACUCCAUCAACACCACGUAUGUCUACGGCCAGGAGAAGUACUUACUGCUUCAUGAGGUGAUGCCAGACUUUGACUUCCUCUCAGAGGAGGACCUGGCGUGUGACGUGGUCUGUCUGGUGUAUGACGUCAACAACCCGCGCUCCUUUGAGUACUGUGCCAAGGUCUACAAGCAAUACUUCAUGGACAGCAAGACGCCGUGCAUGAUGAUCGCCUCCAAGUCGGACCUGCACGAGGCRCGCCAGCACUACAGCCUGACCCCGCUGGACUUCUGCCGCAAGAACAAGCUGCACCCGCCCCAACCCUGGACCUGCAACACAGUGGACGCCCCCAACAAAGACCUCUACACCAAACUCACCACCAUGGCCAUGUACCCGCACAUGGCUCAGGCAGACCUGAAGAGCUCUACGUUUUGGCUAAGGGCAAGUGGGGCAACCGUGUUUGCAGUCCUGGGCUUCGCUAUGUACAGGCUAUCCUCAACAACGAUGAUCAAGAUAGACACAGGAUGCAUGAGAUGACCCUUGACCUCCC